CGAGACCUGUCGCUCCACCUGGGGGCCCGAUGCCCGCCGCUCCGCCUGGGGGCCCGAGACCUGUCGCUCCGCCUGGGGGCCCGAGACCUGUCGCUCCGCCUGGGGGCCCGAUGCCUGUCGCCCCGCCUGGGGGCCCGAUGCCUGUCGCCCCUCCUGGGGGCCCCUGGCCCCGCUGGGGGCCCUGCCUGUCGCCCGCCUGGGGGCCCGAUGCCUGUCGCCCCGCCGGGGGGCCCGAUGCCUGUCGCCCCUCCUGGGGGGGCCCGAUGUGCCUGUCGCCCCGCCUGGGGGCCCGAUGCCUGUCGCCCCGCCUGGGGGCCCGAUGCCUGUCGCCCCUCCUGGGGGCCCGGCUGAGUGCUGCUGCCCGC